GCUGGGUGGGUGGGUCUCUGCACGUUCCUCUCUAGUUGUGUGCUAUCAUGAAGCUCAUCGUAGCCAAGGAGCGGUCAUUUCCGUGGUUUGGAAUGGAUAUCGGUGGAACAUUGGUUAAACUGGUCUACUUUGAACCAAAAGACAUUACAGCAGAAGAAGAACAGGAAGAGGUGGAAAAUCUGAAAAGCAUUAGGAAGUACUUGACUUCCAAUACAGCCUAUGGUAAAACUGGCAUUCGUGAUGUCCAUCUUGAACUGAAAAAUUUGACUGUGUGUGGACGCAAAGGAAAUCUGCACUUCAUCCGUUUUCCCAGUUGUGCCAUGCACAGGUUCAUACAGAUGGGUAGUGAAAAGAACUUCUCCAGUUUGCACACCACACUUUGUGCCACGGGCGGUGGGGCUUACAAGUUUGAAGAGGACUUCAGAAUGUGCAUGUGCAUAGAGAUGACCAUCGCAGGCUGCAGAGUCGACCUACACGGGGCAAAUCAACCUGUGCAAAUCAACACACAGCUGGCCCAGCUCCGCGGGGGCCACCCAAAGCAUGGGGCCAAGGGCAGUUGCCCCAAUUCGCACCCCCCAGGGAUGGCCCUGCAUAUCGCUGAUCUUCAGCUCCAUAAACUGGAUGAACUGGACUGCUUGAUCCAAGGCUUGCUUUAUGUUGAUUCUGUUGGUUUCAAUGGCCAGCCAGAAUGCUAUUAUUUUGAAAAUCCUGCAGAUCCUGAACAGUGUCAGAAAAAACCUUACUGCCUUGAUAAUCCAUAUCCCAUGUUGCUGGUUAACAUAGGCUCAGGGGUCAGCGUUCUAGCAGUGUAUUCUAAGGACAACUAUAAAAGAGUUACGGGGACCAGUCUUGGAGGUGGAACAUUCCUGGGCCUGUGUUGUUUGCUGACGGGUUGUGAGACCUUUGAAGAAGCACUAGAAAUGGCAGCUAAAGGAGACAGCACUAACGUUGACAAACUGGUGAAAGAUAUUUAUGGAGGGGAUUAUGAACGAUUUGGCCUUCAAGGAUCUGCUGUGGCUUCAAGCUUUGGCCAUAUGAUGAGUAAAGAAAAGAGAGAUACCACCAGCAAGGAAGACUUGGCUAGAGCUACUUUGGUCACUAUCACCAAUAACAUAGGCUCUAUUGCUCGAAUGUGUGCACUGAAUGAGAACAUUGACAGGGUGGUUUUUGUUGGAAACUUUCUCAGAAUCAAUAUGAUUGCUAUGAAGGUGCUAGCAUAUGCCAUGGAUUAUUGGUCCAAGGGACAGCUGAAGGCUCUGUUUUUGGAACAUGAGGUAUUCAUUGCAUUCCUUGGUUACUUUGGAGCUGUUGGAGCCCUUUUAGAAUUGCUUAAAAUGACAGAUGAUCAGUGACAAGCCACCUGGACACGGAUACCUAUCAAAGAUGCUGCUGGAUAGAAUGAAGCCACUACAAGGAUGGAAACAAAGCCAUUAUGGCAGUUCUACCUGCUGGAUUUGUAAAUAAUUUAGAAUCCUUUUAGCUGAUCAUUAACUUUGGGUUUUGAGUUUAUACUGCAAAAUUCAUACUGGGAAUAAAGAGGUUUUUCUGUAUACUGUAUUUUUUAGGGAAAAAUGUGCACCGUGGCCAAACAUACAGAUUUUAUGGAUUAUUUUAAAAAAGUGAAUAUUGUUUAAAGAACGACUUAUAAUGAAAGAUGCCUGCUUUUCUUCUGGGGUUUACUUAUUAGUGUGGUAAUUUUAACUUCAUUUAAUAAUCACUCUAGGAGAUUUUUAUCUUAUUUUUCAUGACGUUUCAUGAUUUGCUCUUGGUUUCAAAUGAAACCACAAAGCUAGCACACUUUACUGUUAACACUAAUGUCGCUGAUUUUUUUUUUUUAAUCUUUUUUUUUUUUUUUUUUAGUCAGUUAGGACACUGUCCUCUUGUCACUUCCCCAAAAACAUGAUGACCUUUCUUAGACCUGUUUCUGUUGAAAACAGGUGCUAGUAAACCUGCAGGGGAAGGAAUAAGGUCCAAAGUUUCUUAAAGUCUCUGCAGCUUUUUGAAAUCACAAAUCACGCUGCUACCUGCUUAUUGCAGUAAAAAAAAACAAAACACAUGUGUUUUGGUCUCUCUUCACUGAAGAUUUUUAAAAGUUUAAAUUGAAAUUUUUAAUUUGCGUCCUGAAACUAAAGUGAAAGUCUCUCAUGGUGAGAUUUUGCUCAUACAUGGAAGGGUAUGCUGUAGGGUAUGAAUAUUUAUAGAUUUGCAGAUGCUUGGAGUAAGAAAAUAAUGGGAGACAGUUUUCAGUAUCUCUUCCUAUGUAGUUGUCUUGGAGUUUUGAGCAAAAGGCAACUAUUCCCUCCAGGAUUUUUAAGGUCUGAGUAUUUAUCAUUAUAGUUCUUUGUCUUGCAAGCCUGUAUUUGAAAACAGCCUUUUUGAUGUUUUUCUUGUUUUGAGGGGUAUUUUUUGUUUUUUUCCUUCCUUUUUUAAAAUUGAUUUCCAUAUCUCAAACCUUGAAAAAGUUUAUACCGACUAAAAUGUUAACUUGUCUGGUGGAAAUAAAGCCCAUUACUAAUGUGAUGAUUAUAUUAGGUCUGUGAAAUUUAUUCCUUAAACCUAGCUAUGUGGAAUAAAUAGCAGAAUGUUUUAGUGCCUUCCUGUUACUCUUAUGAUCGCUUUUUUGGUACUGUGCUUUUUUUCACCUUUGCAUUUUGGUUUUUGCUACCUUGAUUCAUUCACUUAUUUUAGCCUUUAUUAAAUUGCUUCUUUUAUGACAGGAUUGAAAGUUUUGCCUCCUUAAAUUCUAUUACUUACAUAGGUUUUAUACAUUAUGAGAACAUAUAAAGAACUUUGAGCAUAAUUAAGUUGGUCCAUUCACAUAACAUAACUGAAAUCAAAAGAAUUAAAAUGGGAAUGCAUCUGGUAUAAUGUCUCUAGUCCUCCAUAAACACAGUAAGCUUAUAUAAAGCUUUUUUUAGCCAUUAAAGUGUUGUGUGAUCUUGAUAAUUGUAGUGGCUGCUCCAAACAUUGUGCACUUUACUGAAUGGUGAAAAACGAGAGUAUUUGUUGCAUAUGCACUGUUUGUGGACCAUGCCAUGGCAUGCCUGCUCUGCUGGAACCAUGUCCCUAAAUUGAUGCAAUGUAAUUGUCCUGGACUGGAGCCAGGCAUGCGCCAUAAAGCUUCUCGUCUUGGGCCAUGUACCCAAUAAGCAUGCCCAGCUCCAUACUAUAGCAGCCACCUUAUGCUUGAUUCAUGCAUGGUUUAGUGCCCGUGGAUCCAGUAUAUCAUGCUUCAUUGUAGCACUCUUGAACACAGUGUAGACAUGCUGCAAAGGCUUGAUUUUUUGAGUGGCUGUGCAGGGAGGGCUCAAAGAGGGGAAAAAUUUGUAAGAGUAGCAUCUUGCAUAAAACCUCAGUAUUUGCAUAAAAUUCAGGAAGUGUGUAGAGGAGUGAACCUGGAUAUGGGCUAUGGUUGGGGAUUUUUUACUUGAAAGAAUGAGACAGACAAUUUCUAAUUUCUAGCAGCGUAAAGACAUCAGAUAUUCUAAUCAGCUUCACCCGGAAUGGAUUUUGGGGGGAAAAAUAAGCCUUGUAUCUAACCUUCCAAGCAAAAGACUUACUGAUCACAUUAACUUGGAGAUAUUCCAAAGCUCUGCAGAAAUUGCUAGCGACAUGAAAAUGUACAGUGCUAUAUGUUGCUGUGUAGAGAACAACUAUUACUCAUUUUCCCACGGAUUCAUUGAGCCUGUUUGAGACUUGCAGCAGCUUUGUGUUUAAUCACUUGAUUUUUCAAGUAUUGGGGGGGAAGACAAUGGAGUUUUCCAUUCCCUUUGUCAUUUUACUACUCCUUUUUGCACUAUGCCACUAAAAAGCCAGAGGCAAACAGAUUCCAGUCACUUCUCCUGGCUUCUGUUCAACAUGAAUUAUCCAUGUAUGUAUUUAUUUAUUUAUUUGUUGCAUAGGAUAUUGGUAAUCCUAAUUACUGCUUAUGAAACUAUGUUCAUAAGUUUGGCAUAUUUGUUUGGUUUGGUUUAGUUUUUCUUCUCAAUGUUCAUGUGUGGAAAUAUUACAAACUGUGUCUUAAUGCUAUUAUUUUAACAAAGGAAGCAGUGCAGAUGUUUUCAGUAGUUGCACUCACUGUUGUAAACAGUAGAGGGAACCAUACAACUAUGCAUGGUUCUAGCAUUCUUGGACUGCGUUUCACAUACCAAAGGGAUUAUAUUUCAUUUACAUUGUUAU